AUGUAUUCGGAAAAUGUUCAGUGCGAUACUACAUUCUUUUCAGAUAAUAAAGAAGUUACAGAACUUUUGAAUGAAGUGAUUUUAUUAUCAGAAACAUUGAUAUUUGAAGAAGUAAAAAAUGAGACAUGUGACGAUGUUCUUGAUAAAUACCUCCCAAAUUUUAUCACAAGGAUAAAUUCUCUAUCCGAGAUUAUUUGCAAAUACAUGAAUAAUCAGAUAUUACUCUACCAAUAUGUAGAAUCAUUGGUCACUAAAGUAUUCGCUAUUCUAAACGAAUUUACAUCUCUUCCUAUCGUUAAAAAGGAAAAGAUUAUAUGCUAUUCAGGAUGUCAGAAGGUAGUUCCUCGGAUAGUUUUAGAGCAUCUUUGUUAUUAUCUUUAUAUUGUUGGAAAAUGUGUCGGUAUUCGCCGCUUAAUACUGAACGCUCCAAAUAAGGUACACUUGUUAAAAGAUCUUACAGAAAUAAUGGAAAUGAUUCAACGUAAGGAUGUAGAAACUUUUGACAUUGCUAUAAACAAAUAUGAGGACCAUAAAUGGUGUUUAGAGUAUAUCAUUUUAUCAUGGCAAUCCCUUUUAAUAUACACACCGUUUGAACUAGAACGAAUAUGGAAGGAUGAUUCAGGAAUUACUCUAAAGGAACGUAUAAUCAAUGUUGCAAUGUAUUACAUUGAUAAACCCACAAAGGCAAGAGAUGGAGCUGCGAUGGUAAUUUCGAACUUGUUUUCCAGACAUGACAUAGCAAACCAAGAUUUUCCACUAUUUUUGGAGUAUUGCAGUAAAAUUAUGGAAAAUAAACUUUCUUAUGAUCAUUUUACUAAGGAGAUUAAUGGGCACUUGAUUAUUGGUAUCCUAAUAUUUAUUAAACAAAUACUUAAACGGAUGUCUAAAUCCGACAUAAUUCCUCACUUGGAAACUUUUGAAUUUCUUUUAUUACAAUGUAGUGGUAAUGUUGCAAGUUCUAUGUGUCGUAAGCUACAUGCAAGUUGUUUUGGUCGCCUGGCCAUCCAUAUUCUCCCAUCCCAAGUAGCUUUCCAAAAAUACAAAAGAGCUUGCAAAACAAUCCUUUCACAAUCACACACUCAAGAAGAUGCAUCAACUGUUGAUUUUAUAGAUUCUUUAUACGAUCAUAAAUUUGACCAAAAAAUAGAACUGAUUGUUUCAAAAUUGUUGGAAUACCUGAAUGACAAAGAUAUAAGAGUGCGUUGGGCAUCGGCAAAAUCAAUUGGGAGAAUGUCCAUGAAAUUACAAAUGGAGCACAAUCAACAACUUAUAUCACACAUAGUAGAUCUGAUAUCUCUGCAAGUUAAUGAUGAUGGUUCAUUUUCUAUAAAAAGUGAGAGUAUUGUACAUGGUGGAUGUUUGGCUAUAGCUGAGAUGAUAAGGAAUGGUGUGCUAUAUCCUAGCAUGUUAGAACACGUUUUAGAAUGUGCAAUUUCUACACUAUCAUUCGAUGUUUGGCGUGGCAAAGGUUCUGCAGGAACUGCAGUCCGUGAUGCAUCAUGCUAUAUUUUGUGGGCAAUUGCAAGAAAUUUCAAAAAUGAGAUGUUAAAUCCAACAAACAUUGUUAAGAUUAGUGAGGAACUGAUAAACGUAACUCUUUUUGAUUUGUCCAUUAAUUGUAGAAGGGCUGCAGGGGCAGUAUUGCAAGAAUUAGUAGGACGGCAAAAUUCUGUUCCCUUUGGUUUAGACUUGAUUACUAUUGCCAACUAUUAUUCCAUUUCAAAUAUACAUAAAUCAUUUAUUGAAGUCUCUUAUAAUGUGGCAAAAUUAGGUUUUUACAAUCUCUCAAUGAUACGCUAUUUGGUUAGGACAAAGCUCUACCAUCCUGAUAUGGAAACUAGAGAACUCUCUGCAAUUGCUAUUUCCAAAAUUACAUCUCUUACUUCCGAUAUAAAAACAAGUAUUUUUAAAGAUAACAUUAAUAAAUGCUCUAGAGCUACACACGUGCAACUAAUUGAACUUUUGAUCUCUGAUGUAAUACUCCAAAAUGUUAGCACUAUGCACGGAGCGUUGAGAGGACUGACACACAUUUUAUCCAAGUGUCUAUAUAAUUCCACAAUUAUGCAGAAUUAUAUCCAUGAGAUUAUAAAGAUACCGGUAAUGUUUGAAAAAAAACGCUUAUUCCGUGGCAAAGGAGGGAAUAUUGUACGCGAGGCAAUAUGUAAAUUAAUAGCCACAAUAUGUAAAUUUGAAGAUGAUCUGCUAUAUUCACCUGAGUUUGAUGUUUUAAAUGUAUAUAUAGUUAUAUUGAAGGAUUGUCUCCGAAAUUUUUCUCUUUCUGUGCAACUUGCCUCUGUAGAAGCACUCAAAUAUUUGCUCCAAAAACUGGCAAAAAUAUCACCAAAAGGUAUAUCUUCUAUUGUAAACUUUCUGAUAGAUUCACUUAGAUCAAAAAAUGAACACAUUGCAGCGCGUAGAGGUUAUGCUCUAUCCAUCUCUACAAUACCGCUUUGUUGUAUGAAAUUGGAUGUUUUAGAAACUUUACUAUCUCUUCUAUGCCAUGAAAUUAAUUUAAAUGCAAAAUCAGAAUUAAUAAAGGAUGUCCAAACAAGACAAUUCGCCCUUUUAUCGAUUCUUAUGCUCAUGGAAAAAUCUAAAGACAUUUCUCUAGGUUCAGAUAUGCUAAAUGAAGUUGUUAAAACCAUAACUAUUUGUUGCAGUGAUUACGAAGUAGAUAGUAGAGGGGAUGUUGGAUCCUUGGUACGGGAACUCACUUCCGAAGUAAUCGUUUUUAUUUUAAUGCAGUACUUUAAAGGGAUGAAUAGCUAUCCAUUAUAUAGAUCUUUUGAUUGCAAUAUGGCAACUAACUUAACUAUAUGUCUAGUUGAACUUUCAUUAGACGUUUUGGAACAUAUAAGAGCGAGGUCUUCGUUUCUUUUAUCACAUUUAUUCUUUCAGAAGGAUGAGUUUGAUUUUGAUGUGGAAUGGUUGUGGAACAGGAUUUUCUAUAAUAUUCCUUAUGAACAUAAUAUAUGGUCUUACACCACAGUGAAAAGCUUAACUGAAGCAGAGAAUGUUAAAUUUGAUGGUAAUAUAAAAUAUGAACAGGAUAAAGUUAAAAAAACUAUUGUUGGUAUGAAAAUGCUGGAAUCCAUAUCUUCUAAUCUGAUAUCAACUAUAAAGGGAUUGAAUGUUUACAAGAGCGAAUUAAAAUUUGAAAACAAUGACAACUCUUUUGGAUCAUAUCGUGCAGUUUCUCAAAAAACAACUUCAGCGCUGCGCAUAUACGGUUGGUCAUCGGCCACUUUGGUGUUCCAAAACCUUUUACCAAUGUUACUUGUACCAAAGUAUAUAUCUGUUGUUAUAAAUGCCCUUGUAAAAAUAAUUGGAAGUAACGUAAUAAACGACUCUUUCAUCGAUGCCAAUCAUGACAAAAUUUUAGUUUUAGAAAAUAUACUAAUUGACUUCAUACAUACUCAUAAAAAUAAUGAUAUUUUGUGGGAUGGAUCUCCAAAAAAAAUUGAAGAUGUUAUUAUUUGUUGUAUCACUGAAAUCUAUGAAGAUUCUAUAAAUGCAAAUGAUUCCAAAAUGAGUUCGAAGAUCGUAUCUACCAUUAAAUUAUUUGCAUCUCAUAAUUUGAUAACAGGUCACAAAUGGAGUAAAAGUAUAUCCAUGAUGAUAUUGGAGUCAAAAAGAGCUACUAACUACAGUUAUCUAAAAACAAUAAUUAAAUGCCUACAGAUACUAUACAUAAACACAGAUAUGGAAAAUGAUAUCAUGAACAUAUUGUUAUGGUUUCUAUCACAUAAAUAUCCAACAAUACGAACUUAUGUUUCAUCUGUGCUGAAUCUAAUUUUGAAUUGUAGAAAUUCAGAGUAUAAUGAUGAAAUAAUCGAAAUUUUGACUACAUUCGCAUUUGAUACAGAGAAUAGCGAAAACAUAUCAAAUAUGAUACACAUGUUGAGAAAAAGACUAAUAAAGUCUUAA